AUGUCGGAGACACGAUCAUCGGAACGCUUCAGCGACUUGGAGCAACGACUUGAUCUGCAACAGGGAACCAUCGACUCCAUUCACUCACGAUUGGAGCAGCAUUCUCUGGACAUCACUGAACUCAAAACCACCAAUGCUCGCCUUGAAGGUUAUCUCAAAGAUAUCUCUGCUAAGCUGUCCGAUGCCGGGAAACGUCCUGCCUCCACCAACGGCGAAGGUGCCUCUCGUGCUAUCACACCACCUCGUGUUCCUCCUUUCGGCACCUUCAGUGAGAUUCUUACACUGCCUCCUCCUCCGUAUGUGGUGCCGACGAGACAAACCAGAAUCGAGUUUCCCAAAUUUGACGGAGAGGACUUCAGAGGCUGGGCUUACCGGUGUAGGCAAUUUUUCGAGGUGGACGGCACACCUCAAGAUCAACGCAUUCGCUUGUUGUCGAUUCAUUUGGAGGGUCACGCAUUACGUUGGCACCAAACAUUCAUGAAACACCGGUCCUGUUCUGAGGUUGGGUGGAAUGAGUAUUUCCGUAGCAUGGAAGCGAAAUUUUCUAAUGUGCACGAGGAAAAUCCAUUGAUAACUCUCAAGCGGCUUCAGCAAGGGGACGGACUGGUUCAGGAGUACGAGAAGAAAUUCGAUGAACUUCUUUCAGAGGUUGAUAUUCCCGAAAGUGUCGCUGUUAAUUUGUUCAUCGGUGGGUUGCGAGAUGACAUCCAGAAGCUGGUUUCAAACUUUACGCCUUCUUCUCUGGCAAGUGCUGCGUGUUCGGCGAGGAUGCAAGAAGCGGUCGUUCAGGCGUUGCAUGACCACGGUCCUCUUCGAAAGACAUCUUGGGCUGGCAAUUAUCCGAAGAGCUCUGGCAAUGUGGGCUUGAAGUCCGGCCCAUUUCCUGACAGUUCCACUGGACCCGACAAAUCCAAAACGCCAUCGUCGCCUGCGUCUAAAUCUUUGGCCGUCACUCCCCCUUCUUCGUCCUCGGUAGCGUCCAAGCCCACCAGGCAUCUUACUAAGAAGGAGAUGGAUGAUCACCGGAGGAGAGGCCUAUGUUACUGGUGUGCCGAAAAAUACACUCCUUCUCAUCGCUGCAAAGAGACACACGUCUUCUCUCUACUGAUUGAGGAUGCUGAUGAACAGUUUGAAGACGCUCUGGAUGAAGUGGCCCCUGAUUCCUAUGGCACGCUUAACGCCAUUGAAGGCAGAGAGGACGUGGCUACCCUGAAAUUGGUUGGGCACAUCAAGAAGCAGCGAAUCAUCAUCUUAAUUGACACGGGCAGCUCACAUAAUGUGAUUAACUCCGCCAUGGCUAAGAGGCUUAACUUGAGGAUUCAUGAACGACCGGAGGUCACAUUAACUGUAGCUGACUCUCGCAAGGUGAGUGUUACUAAGCACUGUCCCGAUUUGUCAUGGGAUAUGGGGGGAUACACCUUCUGUGAUAAUUUCUUGGUUAUGAAGAUAGGAGGGUAUGAUGCGAUACUGGGUACCCAGUGGUUGAGAAAAUUGGGGCGUUUCUCUAUGGAUGUGGAAUUAAAGCUGUUCGAAUUUAAAUGGGAAGGUCAGACUGUAGAAUUACGAGGCCUGGGUUGCAAGAAUCCUGUGCCAGCUAAUGAAUUGAGUGCUUCCAAGGAAUUAGUAGUGGCUCCGCAUAUCUUCCUCAUUCACAUUCCCUCUCAGCUACAGCUGAAAUUGAGUUUCAAUUCAGAUUUAACACCAACACAGCGCUCCGACCUACAACACUUGUUAGAUAAAUAUACUCCAGUCUUUGAUGAGCCUAAGGAGUUACCUCCACCUCAAAGCUGA